AUGAAAUUUUUAGAAUGGAUAGCAUGUAAAAUAAAAGGAAAAAACAUUGAAAAUAAAAUUUAUUUGAUUUCAAACUUUGAAAUUAAUAAAGAAGAUCAUGAAUUAUAUGUGAAAAAUGCCCAAAAAAAAUUGGAUGAAGAAGAUUUAAAUAUUGAUAUUAUAUACGGGAAGAAACAUAGAAAUGAAAUAAGAACAGCAAAAUAUAAAAUUUAUAGUUUUAUACCUCUAAUAGUUUUUUUCCAAUUUUUAAGAUUAGGAAACUUAUACUUCUUGUCUAUAUCUAUGUUACAAUUAAUACCAGAAAUAACUGAUUCUAAAGGAAUGCCAACUUAUUUAAUUCCUUUAGUAUUUAUUAUCGUUGUAGCUAUGAUAAAAGAAUUUUUUGAAGAUUGGCAAAGACAUAAAUCUGAUAAUGAAGAGAAUAGUAAAAAAACUAUGGUUUUUGAAAAUGGAGAACUUAAAGAAAAAAAAUGGGCAGAUAUUAAAGAUGGAGAUGUAGUAAAAAUAUGUUCAUAUGAAUAUUUUCCUGCUGAUUUAAUAGUAUUAAAUUGUUCUAAUAAAAAAGGUAUAGUAAAUAUUGAGACAAAAAAUGUUGAUGGAGAAUCUAAUGUAAAGCAGAAAUAUUGUUUGCCAGAUAUAUCUCAAUAUUUUAAUGAUGACAAAUAUGCUGGUUUUUGUAGAAUAGAAUUAAUAAGUGAAAGACCAAAUGAUAACAUUUUUGAUUAUAAUGGAUUAAUUUUAUUACCACCUCUGCAAUAUAAAAGAAAAGAUGGUAAAAUUAUACAUUUUUAUGAUAAUGAAUUAAAUAGGAAUAUAAUAAAUAAUGAGAAAAAAAAGAAAAAAAAAGGUAAAACAAAAAAAAAAAAAAAAAAAAAAAGUAUGAUGAUUAAAAGUAAUAAGGUAGAAGAUAUAUUAAGUAGUUCCAAUGAUGAAAUAACUUCUAUAAAUAAUGAUAUGUUAAGUGAAAAUACCUUAUCUAGUAAAUCGAAUUCUAAUAAAAAAGGUAAUGAUUUCUUCACUGAAAAUGAUUGCAUUUUGAAAAACAUAAAUAAAGAAAAAGAAGUAGAAAAAACAAAAACAGAGGAAAAGAAAAAUGAAAAAGACGCAGUUCAUAUAACAAUAGAUAACUUGGUGUUAAGAGGAACUUCUUUAGUAAAUACGAAAUGGAUAUAUGGGCUAGUUAUAAAUACAGGAAAUAGAACAAAAUUAAUGAAAAAUGCAUCAACUAAAUCUAGGCAGAAAUGGUCUAGAUUAGAAUUUGUAUAUGGAAAUCAUGUUAUUGUAUUAAUUUUUUGUCAAAUUUUUAUAUCUCUUAUUGUAGCUGUAGGAGGUGUAUUAUGGAUGAGAAAAAAAGGAUACAAUCUAUGGUAUUUACAUUUAGAUCAAAGGUCAGACAGUUUAAAAACUUUCUUUAUUACUAUUGGUGCAAUGGUUUUAUUGUUCGGUUCAUUUAUUCCUGUUGAUUUAUUGUUAAUAUGGGAAGUAGUGAGGUUACUACAAGGUUAUUUAAUAAAUUGGGAUAAAGAUAUGUAUAGUGAAAAAACAGGAAGACAUGCUUUAAGUAAAGCUGGUCAAUUAUUAGAAGAAAUGGGAAAUGUUACUCAUAUUUAUUCAGAUAAAACAGGAACGUUAACUCAGAAUGUUAUGCAACUGCAAAAUAUAGGACUAGGAAAUAAUGGUAUAUAUGGGUUUUAUGAUUUCAGUAAUAUAAAAGAUAAUAUUUUAAAAAAUAGAAGAUUAAAUGGAAAAGAAAAUAUGGAUUAUUUUUUUGAAAAAGAAAAUGAAGAUGAUGAAGAAGAAGAUGGAUCAAUUCUGAGUAAUAAUAUGAAUAGAAAAUCAUUGAAUGAUAUGCCUACUCUACUACAUACUUUGAAUUGGUCUAAAACAUCUUUAAACUCCAAAAAAUUAAAAAAAAAUUAUAUGCGUGUUAAUAGUUUGAGUUAUGAAAAUAUGAUAAAUGCUUAUACUGAAGAUGACUUUGCUAGAGGAGAAAAUGAAUUUGUUUUUUUCAAUCGAGUUUUAUUUGUUAAUAAAAUAUAUAGCAUUAGAAAUGAUGCAGAAGAACAAAUUUAUUUUUUAUUACUAGUUUUAAGUUUAUGCCAUAGCGCAAUGAUAAGAAAUGCAGAUAUUGAUGAGAUGGAUGAUAACAAAGGUGAAGUUAACACUGAUAAGACUAAGGUAUAUGAUAAAGAGACAAAAGUCAAUUAUACAUAUAUUACACAAACACAACCACAAUAUGAUGCAAGUUCUCCAGAUGAGUUAGCGUUAAUUAGCACUUCUCUAUAUUUAGGUUGUGAAUUUGUUAAUAGACCUAAUUUAACGACUAUUGAAAUUGAAUUAACAUCUGCUUUUGCUCAAAGAUUUAUUUUAGGGGAGGAAACUUUUCAAAAUUUUUUACGAAAAAAACAUUAUUACGAGAACAAUUUUGAUACAUACUUCCCAGAGGCUUAUAUAUUAAAAGAAAAAAAAAGAGAAUCCAAAAUAAGUGAUAAUAAUUCAAGAGGUGCCACAAAUAGUAUAAGAGAAGAUGCCAAUUUUCAUAUGUCUAUACCUAUAAUAAAUAUAUUUACACCUAACAAAGGAAACAUUAAAGAAACUAUUAAAAAUGAAGAGAAAGUUAAUAAACAAGUAGUUCCUGUAUUAUCCUUUGAAAUAUUAGAUGUAUUUUCUUUUGAUAAUGUAAGAAAAAGGAUGUCAUUAAUUGUAAAAAGUGAAAAGAAUGAAAUUUUUAUGUUAGUAAAAGGAGCAGAUACAAGUGUUUUAAAAAUGGCAUCAGGAAAUCAAGAAAAUAUAGUUGAUCAUGUCGAAUAUCAAUUAAAUGCAUUUGCAACUUCAGGUCUAAGAACUUUAGUAUUAGGAUAUAAGCGUUUAACAGAGAAAGAAUUUAGCAUAAUGUAUCAAAAUCAUAUAAAAGCUACAAAAAAACCUGAAAAUGAAAAAGAAGAAUAUUUACAAAAGUUUUAUGAUGAAGCAGAAAAUAAUUUAGUAAUUAUUGGAUGUACCGGUAUUGAUGACAAAUUACAAGAUGAUGUGCCACAAGUAAUACAAGAUUUAAGGGAUGCAGGAAUGACUAUUUGUGUUUUAACAGGAGAUAAAUUAGAAACAGCUAUAAACAUUGGUCAUUCUAUAAAUAUAUUGAAUAAGCAGACAUAUAAUGCUGUAUUUACUGAAACAGAUCCUGACUUAUUACUUGAGCAAAUUAAUAUACAUGAAAAAAAUACUAAUGCGGCAAAUUUAUUGAAUGUAGACCAUGAAACAAAAUGGUGGAACAGUGUUAAUUGGGAAAAUUUAAAUUUAGAUAUAAGAUCAGAAACAAUUUUAAAUUUUAUGAAAACAAAUUUUCAUGCAUCAAUAGAAAAAAGUUUAAUUUCAUCGAAUUUGCUUAAUAUGAAAGAUAACAAUUCCUUUAUAAGUUUGGCAAAACAAGAAAAAGUGUUCAAUUCAUUUUUAGAAUCAAGUGAAUCUUUUGUUCCUAAUGAUUUAGAGAAAAUGAAAUUAAAAGAAAAAGUUCAUUAUUCGCAAUUUUCUAUAACCAUAACAGGAGAAGCAUUAGAUGUAAUAAUGAAAAAUAAAAUAUUAAAAAUAAAAUUUUAUACAUUAGCUAGAAGUGCUUCUACAUUAAUUGCUUGUAGAGUAACUCCAAAGCAAAAGUCUUUAUUGGUAAAAGAAAAUUCAGCAUUUAAUCCCAGAGGGACAUCAUUAGCUAUAGGAGAUGGAGCAAAUGAUGUUGGUAUGAUUUUAAUGGCCAAUGUUGGAGUUGGGAUUGCUGGAAAAGAGGGGUUACAAGCUGCUAGAUCUUCUGAUUUUACUAUAAGCGAAUUUAAAUAUUUAAAGAAAUUGCUAUUUGUACAUGGAAGAGAAUCCUUAAGAAGAAAUUCAUUUUUAGUUUAUUUUUGCAUUUUUCGUAAUGUUAGUUUUUGUUUGUGUUCUAUGGUUUUAAUUUUCUGGACAGGUUAUAGUGCUAUAGAUGCAUGGAACCCAUGGACUAAGCAAAUUAUUAACAUAGCAUUUACAUCUUUGCCUGUUAUAUUUUUUGUAGCAUUAGAUAAGCAAUUACCUCAUCAUAUUCUUUUGAAUAAUCCAUUAUUAUAUGAAACAUCACCAUCUACAUUAUGGCCAUUUUACUCAAAUAAAAAAAUUGAAUUUUAUACAAACAAAAUAAAAAAUUGUUGUAAGUUUUUUUGUAGAAUUUUUUUUUUACUACUUAAAUUUAUACCAUUUAUUCAAAAGUCAACUGAAAAAAUUAAAUCUUGGAUAGGAAAAAGAUCGAAACCAGAAAAAUAUAGAUCAUAUGGUACACAUUAUUUGUUUAUUUAUUUAUUAUUUGCAAUUUGGCUAGCUACAGUGGAAACAAUAAUUAUACUACAUUUUUCUACGGGGCAAGCAAAUUCUGCAUUAGAAGAAAGUCAUAAUGUAGAUGUUGAUUUUAAUACGUUUUCUCAAAUUCUUUAUACACACCAUGUUAUAGCAGUUAAUACUGUUGUUGUUCUUAUGACAAACACAUGGUUUUUCAUAUCUCAUAUAGUUUUAUGGUUAGAGUUUAUAGCCAUUUUUUUAUUUUGGUUUAUUUUAAGUAAGGCAAAGUUCUUCUUAGAUAUCGUAGGUGCAGAUGAUUUACAUGGGACAUUUGAGAAAGCUCACUCAUCAGGAAACUAUUAUUUCUCCUUAAUAAUUUCUUUAUAUAUAUCAAUAUUACCCUUAAUAGUAAUGAUGACUUACCAAUUUAUAAAAAAACCAACAAUGGAACAAAUUGUUCUUGAACAAAUAAAAUUAGGAAAGUUUGAAGGAUUAAGAAAAUAUGAAAUAAGAAAAUUAGCUUAUAUAGAUAGCGAAAAUAGUUCUAAAGAUUUUGUUCAUAAGGGUUUUGCUUUUGCAGUAGAAGCUAAAGAAGCAUUUUGGGGAAUAGUACAAAAAGCUAUAUAUAAAAUUAAAAUGCCAUUAGUAAAAGAAGAAAGCACAACGGUUAAACAAAAAAAGAAAACAUAA